AGCUAUAAACAGCAUAAAACGUCGUCGUCAACCACUCCGAUUUCGCUGUACAUCAGAGCAUCCUCUCGCCACUUUGCAAUCCCUAAUUUCGUUCGAGGUAGUCUCCGAUCAAAUCGAAAUGGCACUCUCUUCUCGUCUCCUCUCCAGAUCCACUCGUCAGGUAUACACUGGUCCUGCUAUCCUGCAAUCAGAGUAUGCAGCUUCGGUUCGGCUUUUUGCCACUGCUCCUCCUGCCACGAAAGCCACGGAAGGUGGUGCUCGUCCUCCUUCAAAGGGAGAUGAGUUGCUCAAGAACAUUUUUCUUGAUGUUAAAAAUAAAUUUGAGAAAGCCAUGGGGGUGCUUCGGAGAGAGAAGAUCACCAUAGAUCCUGAGGAUCAAUCUGCUGUGGCUCAAUAUGCAAAUGUCAUGAAGACUGUUAGAGAAGAAGCAAAAUUAUUCUCAGAGUCUCAAAGAAUUGAAUACACCAUAGCAUCCCGAACAGCAGGUAUUGAAGAUGCUCGUUCACAUAUGUUGGCGUUAAAGGAGAUAAGAAUCAAGAGAGGUCUCACUGAUGAACUUGGUGCAGAAGCUAUGAUGAUGGAUGCAGUAGACAAAAUUGAAAAACAGUUGAAAAAGCCGCUUAUGAAGGCUGAUAAAGAAGGAAUGGCUAUGCUACUUGCUGAGUUUGAAAAGAUCAACAAGAAGCUUGGCAUUAGUCACGAACAGCUACCCAAAUAUGAAGAGGAGUUGGAGCUUAAAAUUGCAAAAGCACAACUAGAAGAGCUGAAGAAGGAUGCUCUUGAAGCUAUGGAAACUCAAGCGAAAAGGGAGGAAUUCAAGGAUGAAGAAAUGCCUGAAGUCAAGUCUUUGGACAUUCGAAAUUUCCUCUAGAUAUUAGUUUUGCUGGGACAACUGUUUUAUUUGAGCAUAAAUUCCCCAAGCAGUGUUUUGUUUCAUCAGGGUUGAAGAUUAUGUCAUCUCUAAGAUAUCAUGAGAGAAUUGCAAUGUCAAAAAUAAAAGUAUGCUUGUAGAGUUCAUUUGUAUUUUAAUUGGGUCAUAAGCUUUGUCCUUGCUUUAGCAAUGAUUGUUGGGCUCCCAGCUUUCAGUAAUCUGGGACCGCAAGUUAUCCGUUAACUUUCAUUUCGAAGAAUGCAGAUUCCAUUUAUAUGC